AUGAGCCAAGCUCCGAGACCACCCCACCCGCUGCUAUCUCCCGCGGCCAUUCUCCCCUCCACCUGCCUAGCCCAGGCCUGUUUCCCGCAGGGUCAGAGACCAGUGGAAGCUGCAGCAGACGCUCCGAGUGGGUGCCACCUACCUGCAACACGCCGACUCGGGAACGACCGUGGACUUUAUGGUGAGACCCGGAGGGCAGAGGGGAGCUGGUGUCCAGCUCUCGGGCUGGGGGGGAGGGGUGGUUCUCUCCGGAAAAACGGGAACGCAUUCAGUCACCGUUACUGGCUGCAUCUGGUAUCACUGCCCCUGAGCCCACUUCUUAAAUCGCACCCUGAGCGUGAAACCAAUCCGAUCCACAGUCAGAGGGGAUUCCCGGGACACCAGCAUUGGAGAUCAGUCCCGGCCAUCUCCAAGACGCUGGGAUCGGCUACUCCCCGCGCUCCGAGCCGUGGACCCGCAGCAUUUCCAAAGACACUGGGAUUAGGGGCCCAGGGCUCUUCCGGGGCACUCGGGGGGGCAGUGGAAUUGGGAACCGAUGUGGAGGAGUGCUGUGUGUUCCCACAGAACUGGCAGAUCCCUUUGAGCCGCCGGUUUCGAUCUCUGAAGCUUUGGUUUGUGAUCCGUUCGUUCGGAGUGGUUGGUUUACAGGCGCAUAUCCGUCACGGAAUUGAGAUGGCCAAGUAUUUUGAGUCCUUGGUUCAAAGUGAUUCAAAUUUUGAAAUCCCGGCCAAAAGACAUCUUGGGUUGGUGGUCUUUCGUUUAAAGGGACCCAACAGUUUGACCGAAGAACUUCUGGCUGAACUCAUCCAGUCAGGAAGCAUGUACCUGGUUCCAGCCAACAUCCAGCAGCUCUUCAUCAUCCGCUUCACCGUCACUUCUCAGUACACCACCAGUACAGACGUCCUGCGGGACUGGAACAUCAUCGAGCAACGUGCAGCCAAAGUCCUCAAGUCCCCAACAUCAGCUGGCCUCCUGAGCGAUGGAGUGGGAGGUACCACAUGGUAACGAUGUACCAUGGCUAGGGGGGUGCUAGUGGGAGAGACUGUCAGGAUAGGUGGGUCACAGAAAAGAACAGGUGUUGGUAUCCGACACUUCAGGGUCAUUGGUCCUCACCCAUUCAACUCCCCAUAAUCCUCUUACCUCAGAAUAUCCAGGAAACUAUCGGUGGGUCCACACAGCUCGUCAGGAUAGAAAACAUGGAUACAUUCCCUAAAAUGAGAAAAUCUGCAGAUGCUGGAAAUCCAAAGCAACACACACAAUGCUGGAGGAAGGCAAAAGUAGACAGUCAACAUUUCAGGCCGAGACCCUUCAUUGGGACUGGAAAGGAAGGGGAGAAGUCAGAAUAAGAAGUUGGGGAGAGGGGUGGAAGAUGUGAUAGGUGAAACUGGGAGGGGAGAGGGGGUGAAGUGAAGAGCUGGGUAGUUGAUUGAUGAAAGGGCUGGAGAAGUGGGAAUUUGAUAGUAGAAGACCAAAGAGCAUGGGGGAAAAGGGAAGGGAAGGAGUACCAGAGAGAGGUGAUGGGCAGUUAAGAGAAGAUGUGUGAGAGAGAAACUAGAAUAGGGAAUGGUGAAAGGGGGGGGGGGGGAAAUUACUAUAAUUGAUGUUCAUGCCAACAGUUUGGAGGCUACCCAGAUGGAAUACCUAUAUAAAGUGUUGAUCCUCCAAGCUGAAUGUGACCCAAUUCUGGCAACGCAGAUCAUGGGCUGAUGUGUCAGAAUGGGAAGUGGAAGUAGCAUUGAAAUGGGUGGCCACUGGGAAAUCCCACUUUUUGAGGCGGAUGGACCGAAGGUGCUCAAAGUGGUCUCCCAAUCUACGUUGGGUCUCACCAAUGGCCACACCAGGAGCACUAGAGACAGUAAUGACCCUAACAGACUCGCAGAUGAAGGGUCACCUCUCCUGCAAGGACUGUUUGGGGCCCUGAAUGGUAGUGAGGGAGGUGGUGUAGGGACAGGUGUAACACUUGUUCUGCUUGCAAGGAAGGAGAUCAGAGGGGAGGGAUAAGGGGAGGGUAGCAUGCCAAGGUUCAAAAAGGGAGAGAAAAACUUUCAACAGUCUUUUCAAUCGAAGCAAGAGGCUGAGAGAGGAAGACUGAAGCAUCACUGAGAGAAGGUCGUUUUUCUCUAACAGCUUGGGGAAAAGAGGCUAGACUGUGCAGGCGUGUGACAUAGCGUGCCAAGGUUUAAAAGAAAGACCGCCAUAUACAGCAGCCAUCAUUGGAGUGGACUGAGUCAGAGUGGGACAGCUUUGGCUUAAUCAGGCUUCAGCGAGAAACGGGCAGAGGCGAGGGUAGGUUCUGGUAAGUUUCUGUUUUUUUUUGGUUCAGACUAGAGAAUAUGCCAGGCAGGAUGCUGGAAUGCUCCUCUUGCAGGAUGUGGAAAGUCAGGGAGAUCUCUGGUGUCUCUGACAAUGACACCUGCAAGAAGUGCAUCCAGCUGCAGCUCCUAACAAACCAUAUUAGGAAACUGGAGCAAACUGGAGCAGGAGCUGGGUGACCUCCGGAUCAUUCGGGAGAAUGAGGAGUUUAUAGAUAGUAGCUUCCGGGAGGUAGUUACACCUAAGGAAUGGGGCACAGGUAAUUGGGUUACCGUCAGGCAAGGGAAGGGGAAAGGGCAGGUAGUGCAGGGUUCCCCUGUGGCCAUUUCCCUCCAAAACAGGUAUACCGAUUUGGAUACUGUUUGGGGGAGGGGGGGAAAUGGCUUACCUGGGACAAGCUGUGGCAGCCGGAUCUCUGGCACUGAGUCUGGUUCUGCAGUGCAGAAGGGAGGGGGGAAGAAGGGGAGAGCGGUAGUAUUAUGUGACUCCCUAGUCAGGGGUACAGACAGAAGAUUCUGUGUUCAUGACAGAGACUCCCAGAUGGUUUGUUGCCUCCCGGGUGCCAGGGUCAGGGAUGUCUCUGAUCACGUGCACAGCAUUCUGAAGUGGGAGGGUGAUCAGCCAGAUGUUGUGGUACACAGAGGUACCAAUGACAUAGGUAGUAAGAGUCAGGAGGUCCUGAAGAGUGAGUACAGAGAGUUUGGUAGGAAGUUGAAAAACAGGACCUCUAGAGUAGUAAUCUCCAGAUUGCUGCCUGUGCCAUGUGCCAGUGAGGGUAAGAGUAGGAUGCUCUGGCAGAUGAACACGUCUGAGAAACUAGUGUAGGGGGCAGGGUUUCAGAUUUCUAGAUCAUUGGGACCUCUUCUGGGGCAGGUGGGACCUGUACAAGAGAGAAGGGUUACACCUGAACUACAAGGGGACCAAUAUACUUGCAGGGAGGUUUGUAGUGUUAUUGGGGAGGGUUUAAACUAGAUUUACAAAAAAGCUGGAUGAACUCAGCAGGUCGGGCAGCAUCCGUUGAAAGCAGUCCUGACGAAGGGUCUCAACCCGAAACACUGACUGCUUCUUUCAAUGGAUGCUGCCUGACCUGCUGAGUUCAUCCAGCUUUUUUGUACGUCUUGAUUUGACCACAGUAUCUGCAGUGUACUUUGUGUUUAAACUAGAUUUGCAGGAGGAUGGGAACCAGAGUGCUAGAGUAGAUAGUGGAACGAGGGUAAAAAUGUUAGUAGUUCAUGCAAAGUCAGAAAUAGUAAGGUUGUGUGUGGUGGUAAUAAUUUUCUGAGGUGAGUAUAUUUCAAUGCGAGGAGUAUUGUGGGAAAGGCAGAAGAGCUGAGGGCCUGGAUUGACACAUGGAAUUAUGACAUUAUAGCCAUGACUGAAACUUGGCUACAGGAGGGGCAGGACUGACAGCUCAAUGUUCCAGGGUUCCGAUAUUUCAGACGUGAUAGAGGCAGAAGGAUGAAGGAUGGGGUGGGGUGGGGUGGGGGGGGGGGUGGCUUUGCUAGUCAGAGAAAAUAUUACAGCAGUGCUUCGGCAGGACAGAUUAGAGGGCUUGUCUACUGAGGCCAUAUGGGUGGAGCUGAGAAACAGGAAAGGUAUGACCACAUUAAUGGGGUUGUAUUAUAGACCACCCAAUAGUCAGUGAGAAUUGGAGGAGCAAAUCUGUAGAGAGAUAACAGACAACUGCAGGAAACAAUGUUGUGAUAGUAGGGGAUUUUAAUUUUCCACAUAUUGAUUGGGACUCCCAUACUGUUCUAGAUGGGUUAGAGUUUGUAAAAUGUGUCCAGGAAAGUUUUCUAAAUCAAUAUAUAGAGGUACCAACUAGGGAGGAUGCAAUAUUAGAUCUCCUAUUAGGAAAUGAAUUAGGGCAGGUGACGGAAGUAUGUGUAGGGGAACACUUUGGUUCCAAUGAUCAUAACGCCAUUAGUUUCAACUUGAUCAUGGAUAAAGAUAGAUCUGGUCCCCGGGUUGAAGUUCUAAACUGGAAAAGGGCCAAAUCUGAAGAAGUGAGAAAGGAUCUAAAAAGCGUGGACUGGGACAGGUUGUUCAGGCAAGGAUGUGAUUGGUAAGUGGGAGGCCUUCAAAGGAGAAAUUUUGAGAGUGCAGAGUUUGUAUGUUCCUGUCAGGAUUAAAGGCAAAGUGAGUAAGAAUAAGGAACCUUAGUUCUCUAGGGGUAUUGGAGCUCUGAUAAGAAGAGAGAUGUAUAACAUGUAUAGGCAACAGGGAGGAAUUAAGAUGCUUGAGGAAUAUAAAAAGAGUAAGAUAAUGAGAAAGAAAUCAGGAGGGCUAAAAGAAGACGUGGCAGUCAGGGUGAAGGAUAAUCCUAAGAGCUUCUACAGAUAAGUUAAGAGCAAAAAGACAGUAAGGGAUAAAAUUGAUCGUCUUGAAGAUCAGAGUGGUCGGCUAUGUAUGGAACCAAAAGAAAUGGGAGAGAUAUUAAAUGGGUUUUUUGCAUCUGUAUUUACUAAGGAAACCGGAAUGGAGUCUAUGGAAACAAGGCAACCAAGUAGGGAGGUCAUGGAACUUAUACAGAUUAAAGAGGAGGAGAUGCUUGCUGUCUUGAGGCAAAUCAGAGUAGAUAAAUCCCCAGGACCUGACAGGUUAUUCCCUCUGACCUUGAAGGAAACUAGUGUUGAAGUUGCAGGGACCCUGGCAGAAAUAUCUAAAAUGUCGAUAUCCACAGGUCAGGUGCCGGAGGAUUGGAGGAUAGCUCGUGUAGUUCUGUUGUUUUAAAAAAAAAAAGGCUCAAAAAGUAAGCUGGGAAAUUAUAGGCCAGUAAGUUUGACAUCGGUAGUAGGUAAAUUAUUGGAAGGAAUACCAAGAGAUAGGAUCUACAAGUAUUUGGAUAGACUGGGACUUGUUAGAAAAAGUCAGCAUGGCUUUGUGCGUGGUAGGUCAUGUUUAACCAAUCUAUUAAAGUUUUUCGAGGAAGUUACCAGGAAAGUGGUUGAAGGGAAGGCAGUGGAUGUUGUCUACAUGGACUUCAGUAAGGCCUUUGACAAGGUCCCGAAUGGGAGGUUAGUUAGGAAGAUUCAGUGGCUAGGUAUACAUGGACAGGUAGUAAAUUGGAUUAGACAUUGGCUCAAUGGGAGAAGCCAGAGAGUGGUAGUGGAGAAUUGCUACUCUGAGUGGAGACCUGUGAAUAGUGGUGUGCCAGAGGGAUCAGUGCUGGGUCCAUUGUUGUUUGUCAAUGAUCUGGAUGAUAAUGUGGCAAUUUGGAUCAGCAAAUUUGCUGAUGAUACAAAGAUUGGAGGUGUAGUGGACAGUGAGGAAGGUUUUCAAAGCUUGCAGAGGGAUCUGGACCAGUUGGAGGAAUGGGCUGAAAAAUGGCAGAUGGAGUUUAAUGCGGACAAGUGAGGUAUUGCACUUUGGAAGGUCAAACUGAGGUAGAACAUACAAGGUAAAUGGUAGGACACUGAGAAGUGCAGUAGAGCAGAGGGAUCUGGGAGUACAGGUACAUAAUUCCCUAAAAGUGGCGUCACAAGUAGAUAGGGUUGUAAAGAGAGCUUUUGGUACAUUGGCCUUUAUAAAUCAAAGUAUUGAGUAUAAGAGUUGGAAUGUAAUGGUGAGGUUGUUUAAGACAUUGGUGAGACCAAAUUUGGAGUAUUGUGUGCAGUUUUGGUCACCUAAUUACAGGAAGGAUAUUAAUAAGGUUGAAAGAGUGCAGAGAAGGUUUACAAGGAUGUUGCUGGGACUUGAGAAACUGAGUUACAGAGAAAGGUUAAAUAGGUUAGUACUUUAUUCCCUGGAGCGUAGGAGAAUGAGGGGUGAUUUGACAGAGGUAUAUAAAAUUAUGACGGGUACAGAUAGAGUGAAUGCAAGCAGGCUUUUUCCACUGAGGCUAGAGGAGAAAAAACCUCCGAGGUGAAGGGGGAAAAGUUUAAAGGGAACAUUAGGGCACUAGAACACUGUUCUUCAUGCAGAGUGUGGUGGGAGUGUGGAAUGAGCUGCCAGAUGAAAUGGUGAAUGUGGGCUCACUUUUGACAUUUAAGAAAAACUUGGACAGGUAUAUGGAUGAGAGGGGUUUGGAGGGAUUUGGCCCAGCUGCAGGUCAGUGGGACUAGGCAGAAAAUUGGUUCGGCACAGCCAAGAAAGGCCAAAAGGCCUGUUUCUGUGCUGUGAUGUUCCAUGGACAAGUGGACAAGGGAGUCGCGUGGGGAGUGAUCCUGUGGAAAGCAGAAUGGGGGGGGGGGGAGGGGAAGUGCUUAAUGAGCGGAUCCCAUUGGAGAUGGCAGAAGUUACAGAGAAUUGUGUGUUGGAUGCAGAGCGGAAGGUGAGGACAAGGAGCACCCUAUUCCUGGUGUGCCAGUGGGAGGAUGGAGUGAGGGCAGAUGUGCACGAAAUGGAAGAGAUGCCACUGAGGGCAGUGUUGAUGGAGGAGGAAAGGAAGUCCCUUUAUUUGAAGGAGGACAUCUCAGUUGGUUAGGUUGGAGGACCAACACCUCGUAUUCUGCCUGGGUAGGCUCCAACCUAAUGGUAUGAACAUAGAUUUCUUGAACUUCCGGUAAUAUCCCGCCACCCCACCCUCUCCUUCACCAUUCCCCAUUCUUGUUUCCCUUCUCACACCACCUCUUCUUGCUUUCCCAUCACCACCUCCUGGUGUUCCUCCCUUCCCUUUCUUCCAUGCUCUUUUGUCCUCUUGUCAGAUUUCUCCUUCUCCAGUCCUUUAUCUCUUUCACCAAUCAACCUCCCAGCUCUUCACUUCACCCCCCCUCCCAGUUUCACCUACCACCUGCCUUCUUGUAUUGCUUCCUCCCCUCACCCCCACCUUCUUACUCUAAUUUCUCCCCUUCCUUUGCAGUGCUGAAGAAGGGCCUCGGCCCAAAAUGUCACCUUUUCCAUCGACGCUGCCUGGUUAGCCAAGUUCCUCCAGUAUUUUGUGUGUGUUGCUUUGGAUAUGUUCCCUGCAUGUUCACGUGCCUGUCUAAAAGCCUUGACUAUUGCUUUCCCCCAUCUCCCCUGGCAACACGUCCAAGGCAUGCUGGUGUCUGUUAUUUUAAAAAUGCCUCAUAACUAUAAGCCUGUGCUUUCCAGCAUUUGACAUUCCCACUCUUAGGUGUGGGGGAACUCUACCCUAAGCCUCUCAAUUUCUAAACGUCUGUCUAUACAUCCGAGUCUCCUCUGCUCCAGAGAAAACAAGCCACAUGUCCAACCUCUCUUUAUAGCCGAUACACUCCAGUCUCGGCAGCAUUCUGGUGAACUACCUCUGCACCCUUUACAUCCUUUCUGUAAUGUAACACUGCUGCAAUAUGACUUGGCAAAUUUCUCUUCCACUUGAUCUCCCAAAGUACACCACCUUAAAAUCCAGAUUAAAUUUCACCUGCUAUUUCUGACCAUAUUUGCCACUGAUCCUUUGACAACCCUUUAACAACUUUCUUCCCUAUCCACAGCUCAUUACCUCUGUGUCAUCUGCAAGCUUACUAAUCAACAUUUUUGUCCAAAUCAGAGCAAGAGGUCCCAGGACUGAUCCCUGUAGAAUACCACUUGGACACAGAAGUUCAGGCAGAAUAACACACCACCACUGCCCUCUAGCCACACCAAUGUAGAAUCCAAUACACCCAGCCACCUUAACCUGGAUCAACAUACCAUGAGGUACAUCAUUGAAAACAUUGCAAAAUGCAUAUAGACAACAUUCUCUGCCCUACCCCUAUCAAUUGUUUUCUUCAUCUCCUCAAAAAUCUCCAAGUUUGUAGGGCAUGUGCUCUCCUGCACAAUACACCCUUUUGACUUGGUUUCUCAGACACUGGUGAAUUGCUUUUCCUUAUGGGCAUUUUCUGCCUUACACAACACAGAACACACUUAUUUUGCAAUUUAAGCACCAUCUCUAGGGUUCCCAACCUGGGGUCUAUAGACACUUCGCUUAAUGGUUGGAAAUUUUUCCCCCCACCCCGCUGUGCUAACCCUAAUGCACGGUCACCUGCUCCCCCUCAUUCACUUCAAUGUGCUUUUUUCCAUCACUAACAACCAAUGUUCUCAACAUCCACUUGAUUUAAGGCUCUACUACUAACAGUGGAGAAAAAUGAGAGGGGAUCUCACUGAAACAUUUUUAAGAUCUGAGGGGCAUUUACUGUUGGACACUGGGAGGAUAUCCCAUUGAAUAAGCGAACACUCAUUCAUUCAAGAUACAGAGGGAUUUCUUCCUUCAAAUAGUUGUGGAUCUUUGGAAUUGCCCAGUCCCAUUGUGGACAGUCAUUUUCAUAGUACAAAUGUUCAGACAAUUAAACUUCAGGGAAUUGAGGCAUACAGGGAGUGAGUAGGUGGGGCUGAUUCACCCACCCCUACUCUGGUUUUGAUCUCAAGUACCUGUACUUGGCAAAAGGCAAAUGUGUUUGAGUUUACCUGUUAAUUUAACCAUCCCAGAGGCCAAUGGAAAAUAAAAAAAAUUAUCGACAUACAGAGCUGGUCAUCAUUUCUCAAGUACAUUUCUCAAGUGCCUGUGACAAAACU